AAAUCCUAAAGUGACGUCACAGUCUGGGAUGGGCUCAGAGAAGAGCCACCGGAAAAAAACGUAACGGUACGAGAUAUACUUCGCCCAUUAACAGCGUUUCUGACUAAAAGAGACCAACUCCCUGCCAACACACUGGGGUUGUUUAGUGGUGGGGAAGGACUAGUUCCCACCCUGGUCAGGCCAGACACCCCACAGCUCCACACAGAUGGACAAACAAGGAGCCAUGAGUACAGGCAAGGUCAGUGGGCUAAAGCCACCCACGAAAAUAGUUCGUUCAGCUGGGCUGCCAUCAAGGACAUCGCCAUCUUCUGGUACUCCAAAGCCAGUUCCUCCCGAGAAGUCUCCUGGAGGUGUAACAUCUCCAACUCAGGAUGGAACUGCAGACUUUCAGAUUGGAGAGCGAGUCUGGGUCAAUGGCAACAAGCCUGGCUAUGUUCAGUUUGUUGGGGGCACACAGUUUGCCCCUGGACAGUGGGCAGGCAUUGUACUAGAUGAUCCUAUAGGGAAGAAUGAUGGGUCUGUGGCAGGGGUCCGCUACUUCCAGUGUGAGGACGGGAGGGGGAUAUUUACAAGGCCUUCAAAACUAUCCAGGACAGCCCUUCCAGAGAAGGAAGAAAACGGGGGGAAGACCAACAUACCACAAGGAACCCUUGCAGCCAGCGAGUCUGCACCAGCUGGUACUACCUCAAACGCUCAAGGCAUCGUCAUAAAGACAAGCGGAUCACUUAACCGGGCGAUCGCAUCCACCGAAUCAGUGUCCAACAUCUCAGACACAGAGUCCAUGAAAAAGAACAAAAGGGAGCUGAAGCUGGGAGACCGUGUGCUGGUUGGAGGUACCAAGGCAGGGGUUGUUAGGUUCCUGGGAGAGACAGAUUUUGCCAAAGGAGAAUGGUGUGGAGUUGAGCUUGAUGAACCACUUGGCAAAAAUGAUGGUGCUGUUGCAGGGACCAGAUACUUUCAGUGCCUGCCCAGAUAUGGUCUGUUUGCUCCAGUCCAUAAGGUGACCCGUAUCGGCUUCCCCUGCACUACACCUACCAAGUCCACGAGCUCCCGGAGGAAGUCAACUUUCAAGAGGAGCCCGAGUGCCUCCUCCGUCAGUUCACUCAGCUCUGCCACCUCCUCAAUCAGUUGCAAACCCAGCCGAGCAGGACUGCUGACAGAGACAUCUUCUCGAUACGCUCGUAAGAUUUCUGGCACCACAGCACUGCAGGAGGCUCUGAAGGAGAAGCAACAGCACAUCGAACAGCUGCUGGCAGAGAGGGAUCUGGAGCGAUGCGAGGUCGCAAAGGCAACUAGUCAUGCAGGAGAGAUUCAGCAGGAGUUGGUUAUGCUGAGGAAGGGGCGAGAUCAGUAUGCCGUGGAGAUGGAGGCAAAGCUGGAUCAAUUGCGCUCGCUAGUGGAAGCAGCAGAUCGGGACAAGGUGGAGCUGCUCAACCAGCUGGAAGAGGAGAAGAGGAAAGUGGAAGAUCUGCAGUUUCGGGUUGAAGAGGCAUGCAUCACCAAAGGGGACCUUGAGACGCAGACCAGGCUGGAGCAUGCCCACAUAAAGGAGCUUGAGCAGAGUUUGCUCUUUGAAAAGACCAAAGCUGAAAAACUGCAGAGGGAUUUAGAGGACACUAGGGUGGCCACAGUGUCUGAGCGAUCCAGGAUUAUGGAGCUGGAGAGGGAGGUUUCAGAUCUGCAGCUUAGGCUGAAGGCCUUCCAGCAGAAAGAGGAUGCUAUGUCUCUUUCUCAGCAACAGAUCAGCAGCCUCAAAGCACAGGCACAGUCUCAAGAGAAAAAGAUCAGUGAGCUGAGUGUGAACUUAGAGAGUAAACAGAAAGAGCUACAGUCUGUCCAACAAGAUAAGAUCUCUGUGGAGCAACAGUUAAAUACCCUGAGACAAAAGUUUGAGGGAGCUGAAGAGGACAACAGGAGAAUGGCAAAGACAGUUCAAGAACUGGAGCACAGUUUCGAGCAGAAGAAUAAAGACUUCCAAAUCCUGAAAGAGGAAAGCCAAUGCACAGAGAAAGAACUCAAAGCCCAGCUGUCACAGGUCACUGAAAAAUCAGACAAGGCAGCAGCUGCACUUCAACACCUCGCCAAUGAGAAUAAGGCAGUGAAGACACAGGUCGAGGCUUUGAAACAACAGAACUCCAAAUACCAGGAGGAGCUCUCCAAAGACCGCGGCACAUCAGAUAACCAGCGCAUCAACCUGCUGUGCAAGGAAAUGGAAACCAUGCCGAGUCAAGAAACAGGAGGGGAAAUCAACUUCCAGAAAUCUACUGGGUCCUUAAUCUCUGACAAAGACAGAGAGCUGGAAACCCUGAGGAAUGAGAUCGCUGUUCUGCGAGGAGAAAACGCCAUGGCCAAAACCCUGCAGUCAGCAGUGGAGACUCUGGAAAAAGACAAAGCUCAGCUCCAGAGCCGUGUUCACAGUUUAGAGCAAAGGCUCACGGGAAAUGAGGCUUCAGACGGAGAAGAUAAAGAUGUUCCGUCCUCAGGCGAUGCAGCUGUGGAGCAGCUGAGGGAAGAGAAGGAGUUCGCUGAGGGGCAGAUCAACUUCCUCAACAGUGUGAUUGUGGAUCUGCAGCGGAAAAACGAGGAGCUGAAGAUCAAGCUGAAGAAGCUCGUCCUGAGUGAAUUCAAUGGCAACGACGGCACUGAUGGGUAAGACAGAAAGUCAAAGCGGGAAAAGAAGCCGCCCCCACGUCUCUUCUGCGAUAUCUGUGACUGCUUUGACCUGCACGACACAGAGGACUGUCCCACUCAGGCCCAGAGUCCCGACUCUGUCCCUCACUCAACCUAUCACGGUAAUCCGGCUGACGAGAGGCCCUACUGUGACAUCUGCGAGGCCUUCGGACACGCCACAGAGUCCUGCAAUGAUGAUCAGACCUUCUAGAAGAUCCAAGUCCAAGACCCUGCUUCCACUCGAAAGAGCAACUUUCAGGUUAAAGUGUUAUUGUCUGAAUUCAUUCUUCUGGGCUGUGGAACUGAUUUUGUGAAAACCAAACCUUUGUUUUAUGAAGAAUACAUGCAGAAAUUCACAGAAAUAAUUGGCAGUUUUGAGCCAUGUGAGGAUUUUAAUGUUUUUUUUUUUAUGUUGUGCCUGAUGACAUCACAUAAGGGAGUCUGAGCUGCCAUUAGAAAGUUCUGUCUUUUUGAGUUUAUUUAUGUUUGUCAGGUUUGUUCUGCAUUUUAUCAAUUCUUUGUCUCAGUCUCCAUGUGCCUGUGUUUAUCUUUCAGUUUGACUCUCUCAUCUUUCCAUUAAACAGCACGUGUGUGGACAGCAGCCACCAGCGCAGCGCACGUCUGGUGUGAUGUUUGCAUUGCUUUUCAGGCUUAAUCAUACACGGAUACAUUCAGACACAUGGUGUGAGCAGGUCGGGUGCCAUUCUGGUAUGUGAAAGUAGAGCGAAACAGAGCGAGAGAUUAAGGAUGAGGCCCCAGUUUUGUUUUUUUGUUUGUUCCCCCCAAACAUGCUGCUGUAUGCUUGCUCAUACUUUGUACUCCUUUUGGGAAUAGGAUAGGAAAUGAAGAUCGCCACACAGACACACACAUCUGAUCUAGUCACUUGCUAUAUAGAGAGAGAAUCCAUUUAACUCUAGUUACUGUCGUCGAUGCUGUGACUUAUAAGUUGCACAAACAGUUCAUGAGAAGGUUUUGGACAUGUCCUACAAACCCGGUGAGGUCACACUGUGGACACCUUCUCUGAUCCUGUAUAGUUUUUUUUAACACAGAAGCACACGUGCCUCCCUGUGGCCCAUAACACACACGCCUCCUAACUGCACAAACAUGAGGCUGUUGCACUUUGCUUUGUUAUUGGCGUGUUUUUAUUAUUUUGGCGUGAGAGUGACUUUUAUGUACUGAUCUGGAUUUCAGUGUAUUUGUAUCCUUGAAAAUUUUUGAAAUUCUAACAUUUGUUGUUACUUGGUUCCAUUUGUGAGUACUUCAGAGCGUGUGUGUGGUUACAGUCCCCAGGAUUAGUAUGUAAAGGCCCAGUCACACGGCACUUAACGAAGGGCAACGAAGCCCAAAUGAAACAAGAAAUCUGGACUUUCGUUGACUUUUGUUGGCAUUGUUUAACCUUCACACAGCCUUGUUCCUGCAGCUUGCUCUUCGUCAGGAUUUUUAAACUGUCAAAAAAUUUGAAGGAAUGCUGCCAAAAACCUAAAUUCAUCCAUAUUUUGUUUUGCUGUAGUUCUUGAUGGUUUCUUGUCUUAG